AUGGAUGGUGUGACACCACUGCUGCUCACUGUAAUCCCGCAAACUGCCAACGUGCCUUCAGUGGUGCUGGAUCGUCUUGUGCUGGAUCGGGAUCAGGAUCAGGAGGCACCACCACUAGUACAACUCCUACCUCCCCUCCUCCAAGUGGCAGUACUGGCAUUGGAAAUACUGUUCCCCACAUCGAUAUUUGUGGUGCUGGCAGCGGUGGCAUUAGCUGUCCAGGUGCCGGUAUUGGGGGCUUCUUUUAUCGCUGCUGCUCUGGAAAUGGUCACUGCGGACCUAAGAACACUGAACAAUCCCAAUACGAUUAUUGCGGUACCAGCCACUGCCAGCCCGGUUACGGUGCCUGUGAUCCCACCCGUUCUCUUCCUCCUAAUCCUGCCGCACCUGCUACUGUUGCCGGUCCCCAAGAAAACUGCGGGCCAAUCGUUAACAAAAGAUGUCCCGCCGGGCAAUGCUGUUCCGGAUCCAACUAUUGCGGUACUGGACCUGAUUUCUGUGGUGCUGCCAACUGGUGUCAGGUCAACUGGGGCGAGUGCCACAGAUAGGUUUUUGCUCCCGGAUCUAUAUAACGGUCUGAGGCCUCUUGAAGGUGUAAUCGUGAAACGAUUCUGA